AUGCGUUCUUUGAAUUAUCUUUUUCGCCGAAAUAUUAUCAACUCAUCGACGACAGAUGUAUACCGUUGGUUACUUGCCCGUGCACAAUAUCUACAACGUCUCUCUCAAUCUCAUUUAUCUUAUUCAAAAUCUAAGUCAUUAUUUGGAAUUUUUCGUUCGUUAAUUAAUCAAUAUCACCGAAAUGUACCAAUUGAUUAUCUGUGCGGUUCGACGAUGUUUUUCAAUCGGUUAUUUAUUGUGAAUAGACACGUUCUCAUUCCACGUCGAGAUUCAGAAUGUCUCAUUCGUCAUGUACAACAACUCUAUGCACAAGAUACAAACAAGAAAUCAAUUCUUGAAAUUGGCACUGGAAGUGGAUGUUUAUCGAUAACUCUAUCUCGUCUUUUUCCAAACUGGCAAAUUCAUGCAUGUGAUAUAAGUUCGUCUGCUCUUCGAGUUGCUCGAAACAAUGCAUAUCUUCAUCAUUGUCAUAGUAUUCAGUUUCACCGUGGUGAUCUAUUUGAUUCAGCAUUUCUCCAGAACACUUCAUUUAACAUGAUUGUUUCCAAUCCUCCUUAUAUUCCAACUGACGAAGUAUCUUAUUGUGAUGCAGGAAUAUUUCAUGAACCAUCUAUUGCUUUAUUUGUUGAUCCACCAUUGAAGUUCUAUUCUGAAAUUAUUCAUCGUGCAAAACAAGAAUGGCUAAACGAUCACGGAUAUCUCGUAUUUGAAUGUUCUCCAUUCAAUGCUCACCAAAUCGAACAGUUAUUCAUUGAACAACAACAGUAUUUCGAAAAUAUUCAGGUAACACUCGACACAAAUCAAUUACCUCGUGUUAUUUCGGCAAAGAAAAAACAAACAUUUCUAUAA